UUGCCUUUAAUAGGAGGGGGAACUUGGCAGUCCCCCAUUGCCGCUCCUGGGACUUGGGGAGGAAGGACUUGGAGAAGCCUCACCUCCCUGGGGAGGGCCCACGGGAAGACGAGUGUAAGUAGGGGAUGAAAGGAGUGGGCUCCUGGGCCCCCAGGAGAGGAAGGAUGGGUCCUCUGGCUGUCUCUGAGCCUCUAGCCCACCGCUGACCUCGUAAAGCUGGAACCUGUGAGAAACUGAACUGUGAGAAGUUGAGGUGCUGACUCAGUCAGAAUUAGAUACUAUUUGCAUAUUAUUUCUGGGGUCCUUGGGCUAUGUGUGGUUUGACGCUAAUAAGAGCAGCCCUUAUUUCUGACCCACACCUCCUGUAUCUCUCCUUGGACUGACCCUAAUGCUUGAGCUUCACUGCCGGUCAAAUUUGGAAUAAUCAUCUCACUAGGUUUCUCAUAUUAGCAUCAGGAACUCAAAGAUGAAGCCAGCCUAUAGCUCCUUGGAAGGCCAGGACAGUGGCUUGCCAGUAGGUGGGUGUUUGGAGGGCAUCAGCCACAGACCAGGCCAUUAGUCUCCCACUUGGGAUGGAGAACCGCACCCUCCCUUCCCCCAAACUAGGCCCAUCUUGCUGUGUCUGCUUACAUGACCUAUUUUCUGGCCACAGCUAGUAUUACCUGUUCUAAACAUCUGGAAUUACCUGCCUGCUUAGUCACCUUCCCUCUGGCUUCAAACAGCUGUUGGGCCCCACCCCCUCUCCACCUCUUAUCCAUCUAGGGUCCCUCCCUCCCCUUUUUCUUCCUGGAAGGAUCUGGAGGUACCAGAUCCACAAGUUCUGAUGUCUUUAAAAGGAUCAGCCUGGGCAAUAAGGCUCAUUUGAGAGCUGUGACAUUCACCUUGACUCUAGUGAAAGUCCAACAGCCCAUCCCCUUUUGGCUUCCAACUGGGCACCAUGAGGGCCUGUGUGCCCCUGAUAGUGGCCAUACUCUUCAGCCUGGCCUGGGCUGGAAAAUUAGAGUCCUGUGCAUCUCGCUGUGAUGAGAAAUUUCACCGGGACGCUGCCUGCCAGUGUGACCGCCAGUGUCCCCGGCAUGGGGACUGCUGUGAAGACUAUGAGCACGUGUGUACUGGAGAAGAGGGCCCCGAAGAGCCAGAGCCAUUCCUGGAGCUGGAGGAAGAGCCGGUGGAGGCCCCAGCUGGCCACCUGUACUGGGCACCCAGCUCCUGCCGGGACCGCUGCCACGAGGCCUUUGACCGGCACCAACCGUGCCACUGCGAUGCCCGCUGCCCAGAGUUUGGGAACUGCUGCACGGAUUUCGAGAGCCUGUGUGGCCACGAGGGCUUCUCCUACAGCAGUGAUGCUAUAACCAAGGAGGAGCUACAGAGCAUCUCUGAGAAGAUCUACAGGGCGGAUGUCAACAAAGCCCAGAAGGCAGACAUCAUUCUCAACAGCCAAAACCGCAUUUCGCCCUCAGAGACCAGAGACCAAGUGGACCGCUGCCCAGAGCCGCUCUUCACCUACGUCAACGAGAAGCUGUUCUCCAAGCCCACCUACGCGGCCUUCAUUAACCUCCUCAACAACUACCAGCGGGCCACGGGCCGUGGGGAGCACUUCAGUGCCCAGCAGCUGGCUGAGCAGGACGCCUUCCUCAGAGAGGUCAUGAGGACGGCGGUCAUGAAAGAACUCUAUGGCUUCCUCCGUCACCAGAACCGCUAUGGCUCCGAACAAGAGUUUGUCGAUGACUUGAAGAACAUGUGGUUUGGGCUCUAUUCAAGAGGCAAUGAAGAGGAGGACUCGAGUGGCUUUGAACACGUUUUCUCAGGUGAAAUCAAAAAAGGCAAGGUCACUGGCUUCCAUAACUGGAUCCGCUUCUAUAUGCAGGAGAAGGAGGGCCUGGUUGACUAUUACAGUCACAUCUACGACGGCCCGUGGGAGUCUUACCCUGAUGUGUUAGCCAUGCAGUUCAACUGGGACGGCUACUACAAGGAGGUGGGCUCAGCUUUCAUCGGCAGCAGCCCUGAAUUUGAGUUUGCGCUCUACUCCCUGUGCUUCAUUGCGAGGCCAGGCAAAGUAUGCCAGUUAAGCCUGGGUGGCUAUCCCUUGGCCAUCCAGACCUAUCCCUGGGACAAGUCCACCUAUGGAAAUGGCAAGAAAUACAUCGCCACGGCCUAUGUGGUAUCUUCUACUCGAUAGAGCUUGGAGCCCUAUGGGGCAUGAGAGCAGUGAGAGUUUCUGCAGGAUGCAGGGGCUAUCUGCUCUGGGCUGCAGGAGGCUAGAGGAGACUGAGAGGGAUUCCCAAGUCUAGAAAUGCCCUU